AGUCGAAACGCGUCGAGCAACAGGUGUGAUUUCUAAACUUGUUAUUUUUCCCACCGCACUUGUGAACCCUCUGCGAUUGGCGCCCUAAGCCAUAGCCAUAGACUUUAGCCAUCGUGUGUGGAGAAGACACUAGACUUUCACUACGGGUCAAUUUCGAGGCCCGAGAUCCCAAGCUCCGCUCGCUUUAAUUAAUGCGCUUCGCACGCGUUGUUGUCGUCGUUGUUUUAGCUUCAGUUUAGUAGUUGUCUUGGCCAUAUAGAAGCGCUGCGAACGGGUUGAUCGAGCCGUGUUUACGAUUUCUGCUGCUGCUUUUGCUGCUGCUGCUGCUCGGGCUGUGUUCGAAUUUGGUGAAAUCAAUGCGUAGAAAGUGAAUCGAGGCUUACGCAAAGUUGGGGGAAAAGUGAAAAGCCGCGGAAAACUCGGUUCACCAAAAAAAAAAUAAAAAUCAGACCCCUUUGAAUACCAAAAGAGAUUGCGUUUGCCACUUGCCACGGUUCGGCAUCGUAGAUUGCGUGCUUUUCCUGGCCAAGAUUAAGAGGAGCUGCUGCUGCUGUCGGCAAUCAGCUAUCAGCUGACCGGAGGUGGAACGAGAGAGCUGGAGCCAAACACCUGGGCGACCGGCGGCGCCCACCUGCCGUCUUAGAUGCGUCUAAUCCAAACGGCAACCGGCGGUGCUGCUGCGACCGUUCUGCAGUCCCAGUUCCACUCUCAGUCCCAAUACAACUACACCAAUAUGCGUGAAGACGAUAUCGAGCUGGCCAUCAAAGUGGUCAUUGUGGGAAACGGCGGCGUGGGAAAAUCCUCAAUGAUCCAGCGCUACUGCAAGGGCAUUUUCACCAAGGACUACAAGAAGACGAUCGGCGUGGACUUCCUGGAGCGCCAGAUCGAGAUCGACGGCGAGGAUGUCCGCAUUAUGCUGUGGGACACGGCCGGACAGGAGGAGUUCGACUGCAUCACAAAGGCCUACUAUCGCGGAGCUCAGGCCUCUGUCCUCGUCUUCUCGACAACGGAUCGCGCCUCCUUCGAGGCCAUCAAGGACUGGAAACGCAAGGUGGAGAACGAAUGCAACGAAAUACCCACGGUCAUUGUCCAGAACAAGAUCGAUCUGAUCGAGCAGGCGGUGGUCACCGCCGACGAGGUGGAAACGCUGGCCAAGAUGCUAAACUGCCGCCUCAUACGCACCUCCGUGAAGGAGGACAUCAACGUGGCGUCCGUGUUCCGCUACCUGGCCACCAAGUGCCAUCAGCUGAUGACCCAGGGAUACGACCAGGCCGCCGGCAACCAGCAGAACUCCAGCCAUCCGCCCUACAGCAGCACACCCACAAUCAGCGCCUUCAGUCCGACCUUCACCAAGUCCAGUAGCGGCACCAUCGUCCUCCGGCCGGCCAAAAAGGGCAGUGGCUCCAGCGUGGCACGGAAGCGCAAACUAGUGCUGAAAAAAUGCGGCAUUUUGUGAAGAGUAGCGGUGGUUAGAGACUGGAUGGACGCGGUGGCUGUGGGCUUUGGGCAAUUAAUAACUGGAGCAUAUUUAACGCUUAAUUAUUUUGGAGCCUAAUGAAGUCGUAGCCGGGUGGGCAGCCAACCGUUGGAUGCAACCACAGCCACCACAACGGCCAUCCACUAGUCGUGCCCAGACUCCGCGUGAUGUGGCUCAGACAUGCUCGCUUACCAGCACCAGGGAGAUAAUCGGAGGAAGUAGCAGCGAAGUAGAUCUUUGAAAGAAGCCGCAAAUAUUAAAUACCCUUGCAGAAGAUUCUAGAUACUAUAAAUAUUAAAAUACUCAAAAAUAUAUAGAGAUAUGGCAGUUCUUAAAACAUACUCAUGCUGAUGAGAUUCCAGUACUCAAACCUUAGUCACGAUAGCCUUUAUAGUAUAAACCUUAAAGAAAGAAUAAUACCCGAUACUGCAAGGGUAUUCGAGUUCUCAAAAACCAUAGACAAUAUGCAGAAGCACUAUGUAGCUGCAGCUACAAAAAAUGAAAUUGCCCUAAUUAGUUUUAGAUACGAAGUGAAAUCUGUAUGUAUUAUGCCCACUUUUCUAUAACGGAGACUGAUGCAGCUUGCUUCUAAUAUCGGAUAUGUAUAUAAAUAUGUUGUCAUGGAUAUAUAAGCAUGCCUAACCAAGCACCAUUAAAAGGCUAACCAUCACGCUAACCCAUCCAUGUCCAUGGUGUCCAUGUGAAAUCCCUUUGCCAAUCUUUCUUGGCCCAAUGUGCAAUUAAUUAUUCGGCUUAUGUAAUUAUUAACUAAUUGCAAGUCAUGACAAAGGGCGAUUUGGCUCGAUAGUUCACACUCUAUGCUAUCAUACUGAUCAUAAUCAUUUUUGUAAGCCGACUAAACUAAUAAAUAAGCCUAAGUCUAUUGAUAUAUUUUAUUUAUAAUUACAAUGUCUCAUUUAUAUACUCCC